CUGGCAUUGACUGACCGUGUCGUUCGACCAUUAACUCUUCCAUUGCACGCAGAGGACUGGUGGUACCCAAAAGGGAGCGCGCCUAUCUUAAACGACCAGCCUUUAGCCCAUCGCCAAUUCGCCAUUGCUAGCUAAGCUAACCAUCUAGCUCCCUCUCGGAGGAAAGCGAUCGGAGGCGAGAUGGCGGCGUCGCAGGCGUACAUGGACAAGGCGCAGCUCCGCCAGAGCUACCGCAACGUCUGGCACACCGACCUCACCAGUGCCAUCCAGGCUGACUUCCCGUACUGCUGCCUGUCGCUGUGGUGCGGCCCAUGCAUCUCCUACAUGCUCCGGAGACGCGCUCUCUACAAUGACAUGUCAAGAUACGUGUGCUGCGCCGGGUACAUGCCGUGCAGCGGGCGUUGCGGCGAGAGCAAAUGCCCGGAGCUAUGCCUCGCAACGGAGGUGUUCCUCUGCUUCGGCAGCUCGGUUGCGUCCACCAGGUUCCUGCUGCAGGACGAGUUCAACAUCCAGACCACCCAGUGCGACAACUGCAUCAUCGGCUUCAUGUUUUGCCUUCAGCAGCUGGCCUGCAUAUGCUCCCUGGUCGCCUGCAUCGUCGGCAACCAGGAACUCUCCGAGGCCUCGCAAGCCAUCUCCUGCCUCUCCGACAUGGUCUACUGGACGGUCUGCUCCUGUAUGCAGACGCAGCACAAGGUGGAGAUGGACAAGAGGGACGGCAAGCUGGGUGGCGCUGUGAUGGCCGUGCCUCCAAUGCAGCAGAUGUCGCGCAUAGACCAGCCGGUGCCGCCUCACGUCGUGCAGGCGCCGUAGCCGGCGCACUACAGAUAGCCAGCCCGUGUGAAGAGGUUUGGCUGGCUGCUUGUGUUUGCUUGCCAUCCAAAUGAGAUACCACUGCAGGUCGAAUGAAUGGCCUUUGAGCCUUUACCAAUUCUGAGAUUGAAUAUUCCUAAUACUCAUAUAUGAGUUUUUGUAUGGAGCUUAUUAUGUAUAGAAUUGAUCACUGUUUAUUUCUACUACGUUUAGAAAUAUCACGGAAUCAUUGUUAUGCUUACUGCAGAAAGAUUCAUGUCCAUACCUGUGGGCGCACAAAAUUCAUCGGCAAAAACUGUAAAAAAAUGGGGUUCGUCCUCCCGAGUUUAA